GUGUCGGUGAGCCUGCUGUCUCUGGUGGUGACUGCCUGUGGCCUGGCCCUGUUCGGGGUCUCCAUCUUCGUCUCCUGGAAGCUCUGCUGGAUCCCAUGGAGGGAGCGUGGCCUCUCCCCCAGCAUCAAGGAGCCCACCCAUGGGCACCACGAUUCCCCCAUGGCACCUUUGCAACCGUACGUCCCAGCCAGGGAGCCAGUCUACACGGCCGUCGACCCACCCGUCCCCGCCCUCGACCGCCGUGAGUCCCACCGCUGUUCCAUCGUCCCUGUGGCAACUGGGACCUUGACGGGGCCGGUGACCCCCGUAUCGCCGCCCCCCACAGCGGCGAUCAUCCCCAUCCCAGAGGCAGCCAUGAAGAUCAGCCACACGUCUCCAGACAUCCCCCUGGAGUCCCAGAGUAAAGGCCGGGAGAACGGGGUCCAAACCAACCCUCGCAUACAGAGGCAGACCACUGAGCCCUCACCCUCCGUCCGGUCAAUGUCUAUACACACAGAGAUUGGGUGAGUACUAUAUCACAAUCCUCCACUAUGAUGAAGACACUACUGUGCUAUGUACUCUGCUUGUAUACUGUAGUACCUACUAUACCAGGGUCCCUUACAAUUUAAGACUGCUACUAAGACGGCUACUUUGGUUUCAUAGUACAUAGUAUUUAAUUAGUUCACCACAAAGGUUAUCACAGUAGGUACAGUUGAAGUCGGAAGUUUACAUACACUUAGGUUGGAGUCAUUAAAACUAGUUUUUCAACCACUCCACAAAUUUCUUGUUAACAAACUAUAGUUUUGGCAAGUCGGUUAGGACAUCUACUUUGUGCAUGACACAAGUCAUUUUUCGAACAAUUGUUUACAGACAGAUUAUUUCACUUAUAAUUCACUGUAUCACAAUUCCAGUGGGUCAGAAGUUUACAUACACUAAGUUGACGGUGCCUUUAAACAGCUUGGAAAAUUCCAGAAAAUGAUGUCAUGACUUUAGAAGCUUCUGAUAGGCUAAUUGACAUCAUUUGAGUCAAUUGGAGGUGUACCUGUGGAUGUAUUUCAAGGUCUACCUUCAAACUCAGUGCUUCUUUGCUUGACAUCAUGGGAAAAUCAAAAGAAAUCAGACAAUACCUCAGAAAAAAAUCUGUAGACCUCCACAAGUCUGGUUCAUCCUUGGGAGAAAUUUCCAAAUGCCUGAAGGUACCACGUUCAUCUGUACAAACAUGGGACCACGCAGCCGUCAUACCGCUCAGGAAGGAGACGCGUUCUGUCUCCUAGAGAUGAAAGUACUUUGGUGCGAAAAGUGGAAAUCAAUCCCAGAACAACAGCAAAGGACCUUGUGAAGAUGCUGGAGGAAACAGGUACAAAAGUAUCUAUAUCCACAGUAAAACAAGUCCUAUAUCGACAUAACCUGAAAGGCCGCUCAGCAAGGAAGAAGUCACUGCUCCAAAACCGCCAUAAAAAAGCCAGACUACGGUUUGCAACUGCACAUGGGGACAUAGAUCGUACUCUUUGGAGAAAUGUCCUCUGGUCUGAUGAAACAACAAUAGAACUGUUUGGCCAUAAUGACCAUCGUUAUGUUUGGAGGAAAAAGGGGGAUGCUUGCAAGCUGAAGAACACCAUCCCAACCGUGAAGCACAGGUGUCACGAAUUCAGCCGAUGCUGACCUCAAUCCUAUAGAACAUUUGUGGGCAGAACUGAAAAUGGGUGUGCCAGCAAGGAGGCCUAUAAACCUGACUCAGUUACACCAGCUCUGUCAGGAGGAAAGGGCCAAAAUUCACCCAACUUAUUGUGGGAAGCUUGUGGAAGGCUACCCGAAACGUUUGACCCAAAUUAAACAAUUUAAAGGCAGUGCUACCAAAUACUAAUUGAGUGUAUGUAAACUUCUGCCCACUGGGAAUGUGAUGAAAUAAAUAAAAGCUCUCUACUAUUAUUCUGACAUUUCACUUUCUUAAAAGAAAGUGGUUAUCCUAACUGACGUAAGACAGGGAAUUCUUACUAGGAUUAAAUGUCAGGAAUAGUGAAAAACUGAGUUUAAAUGUAUUUGACUAAGAUGUAUGUAAACUUCCGACUUCAACUGUAUAAAGCUUUCAGUACAUUGCCACUCCAUGAGUACCAUAGUCCACCAGGAUUGGGGUCAAUUCCACAAAUGUAAUUCUAAUUCAAUUCUCUCUCCCUGUAAAUUCAAUUUAAUUUAAUUCAAAUUCCAGAUCAGUCUUUGAAUUCAGAGAUAAUUCAAUUCCUCUGAAUUCCAAUGUUAGGUUUAAAUUCCAAGAAUUCCCUCAGGGUUUCAGGCUGAUCAUGUCACUGUUCAAACAGCCUAGACUGGAAAUAUAGGAAUACAGGUUGAAAUUAUUAAAAAUAAAUCCUACAGCACACGUUGUAUACUAUUUGCGAUCAUUCCUUUAACUGGGUAAUGUAAAAAUAUUCAAUUCCAAUUCAAUUCCAAAGAUUAAAGGUUUUUACAGUUCAAAUUCCAUUCCAAUUCAAAAAGUCCAAACAGUCUAAUUCCAAUUCCAUAACUUGAAGAUUUAUUUACAUUUCAAUUUAAUUCAAUUUACUAAUUGAAUUGGAAUUUGAAAUUAAAUUGGAAUUUACCCCAACCCUACAGUACAUAUACAGUGGGGAAAAAAAUAUUUAGUCAGCCACCAAUUGUGCAAGUUCUCCCACUUAAAAAGAUGAGAGAGGCCUGUAAUUUUCAUCAUAGGUACACGUCAACUAUGACAGACAAAUUGAGAAAAACAAUCCAGAAAAUCACAUUGUAGGAUUUUUAAUGAAUUUAUUUGCAAAUUAUGGUGGAAAAUAAGUAUUUGGUCACCUACAAACAAGCAAGAUUUCUGGCUCUCACAGACCUGUAGCUUCUUCUUUAAGAGGCUCCUCUGUCUCCUCCACUCGUUACCUGUAUUAAUGGCACCUGUUUGAACUUGUUAUCAGUAUAAAAGACACUGUCCACAACCUCAAACAGUCACACUCCAAACUCCACUAUGGCCAAGACCAAAGAGCUGUCAAAGGACACCAGAAACAAAAUUGUAGACCUGCACCAGGCUGGGAAGACUGAAUCUGCAAUAGGUAAGCAGCUUGGUUUGAAGAAAUCAACUGUGGGAGCAAUUAUUAGGAAAUGGAAGACAUACAAGACCACUGAUAAUCUCCCUCGAUCUGGGGCUCCACGCAAGAUCUCACCCCGUGGGGUCAAAAUGAUCACAAGAACGGUGAGCAAAAAUCCCAGAACCACACGGGGGGACCUAGUGAAUGACCUGCAGAGAGCUGGGACCAAAGUAACAAAGCCUACCAUCAGUAACACACUACGCCGCCAGGGACUCAAAUCCUGCAGUGCCAGACGUGUCCCCCUGCUUAAGACAGUACAUGUCCAGGCCCGUCUGAAGUUUGCUAGAGUGCAUUUGGAUGAUCCAGAAGAGGAUUGGGAGAAUGUCAUAUCGUCAGAUGAAACCAAAAUAUAACUUUUUGGUAAAAACUCAACUCGUCGUGUUUGGAGGACAAAGAAUGCUGAGUUGCAUCCAAAGAACACCAUACCUACUGUGUGUGUGUGUGUGUGGGGGGGGGGGGGCCAUGUAUCGUGGGAUUUUGAGUGAAAACCUCCUUCCAUCAGCAAGGGCAUUGAAGAUGAAACGUGGCUGGGUCUUUCAGCAUGACAAUGAUCCCAAACACACCGCCCGGGCAACGAAGGAGUGGCUUCGUAAGAAGCAUUUCAAGGUCCUGGAGUGGCCUAGCCAGUCUCCAGAUCUCAACCCCAUAGAAAAUCUUUGGAGGGAGUUGAAAGUCUGUGUUGCCCAGCGACAGCCCCAAAACAUCACUGCUCUAGAGGAGAUCUGCAUGGAGGAAUGGGCCAAAAUACCAGCAACAGUGUGUGAAAACCUUGUGAAGACUUACAGAAAACGUUUGACCUGUGUCAUUGCCAACAAAGGGUAUAUAACAAAGUAUUGAGAAACUUUUGUUAUUGACCAAAUACUUAUUUUCCACCAUAAUUUGCAAAUAAAUUUAUUAAAAAUCCUACAAUAUGAUUUUCUGGAAAAUUAUCUAAUUUUGUCUGUAAGUUGACAUGAUGAACUACAGCCUACUCUCAUCUUUGUGUUUUGGCUGACUAAAUACUUUUUUCCCCCACUGUAUGUCUACUGUGCUUCUGAAGUACAGACACCAUAAUUGGUUUGCGACUUUGGUUUGCACAUUGUUUUGCACGAGUGAAAUACACCCCGACAGCUCAUUAAUUAAUUUGAAAAAAUGUUCUCCAGAUUCUUCAUUUCACCUUCAGAACAUUGUAAACUUCAUCCACACUUAGGUAGAAACCAUGACUCACUCCGUUGUUAAAGCCCUGUGUGACACAAAAGAGGCAGUUGGAAAGUUCUAGCAUUGAUCAGGUUUAGAGCACUGAACAGAAGCUCAGACUUAGCAACCCAGCAGCUGUAAGGCAGCUAUCCCACUGAGUCUUAUGGAGUCACGUCCUCUACAGCAAACAAUGUUCUAUGAGUAAUUCUGCUCCCAGACAGCCUCUUUGUAUCAAUGAGUUUCAUUUUAGUUGUUAGUCAUUUGUUUGUGGUUGAAGGAAAGUCUAUCCUCUGUUCAGCACGUAACACUUACCCAAAACUCAGCCCUCUUGAAAAACUGAGUAGAGUGAAUUGCUAUUUUUAUCGAUUGUUGCUUGAGCUGUAACGGUCAUAUUUACAGAAAGCCUUUGUCUAUUUUAUUCAGGUACUCUGUUGUUGUAUCAAGUACACAUUUGCUGUCUCUCUGUGUGUCUCAUCUCACCUAUGCUAACAAUGGUAAUGUGUCUCUUUCUGUCUGUCCUCUACACAGGUCUAACUCUAUCCGUAGAUUAUCCGUAAACAGGUCCAACCCGGACUUCAACGUGGCCCAGUUCCAGAGACAGGACUCCCUGACUGGGAUGGGCCUGGGUCUGGGUCGUCUCAAACCAGAGCUUUACAAGCAGCGCUCCCUGGAAGGGGAUGAGGGGGGCCGGCGGGGCGGAGGCUGCGGACGCCUACACUUCAUUCUCAAGUUCGACUGUGACCUGGAGCAACUCAUCGUCAAGAUCCACAAGGCGCAGGAUCUCCCCGCCAAGGACUUAUUGGGCACCUCUGACCCCUACGUCAAGAUUUACUUACUACCGGACCGGCAGACCAAGCACCAGACCAAGGUUCACCGCAAGACCCUCAACCCUGUGUUCGAUGAGGUAUUCCUGUUCCCCGUGGAGUACGCUGAGCUGCCGACGCGCAAGCUGCACUUCAGUGUCUACGACUUUGACCGUUUCUCGCGCCACGACAUCAUCGGCCAGGUGGUGGUGGACAACUUCCUGGAUCUGGUGGACUUCCCUGCAGAGACAAAACUUUGCCGGGACAUCCAGUACGUCUCCACGGUGAGUCAGCACGUCCUGUUUGAUCACUUCCUGUUUCCGGCUUUUAAGGGAAUGUUUGUUCUGCUUAAAUACCCUGUUAGAUUUACUAAGAUAAGUGGUCAAUUAUAA